AUGCAAAGGGAAGAGGAGACGUCAAUGCUUGGACAUGUAAAGAGAAGAGGAGACGUCAAUGCUUGGACAGGCACAGAGAAGAUGAGACUUCAAUGCAUGGACAGGCAAAGAGGAGAGGAGACUUCAAUGCUUGGACAGGCAAAGAGAAAAGGAGACGUCAAUGCAUGGACAGGCAAAGAGGAGAGGAGACGUCAAUGCAUGGACAGGCAAAGAGGAGAGGAAACUUCAAUGCAUGGACAGGCACAGAGAAGAGGAGACUUCAAUGCAUGGACAGGCAAAGAGGAGAGGAAACUUCAUUGCAUGGACAUGCAAAGAGAAGAGGAGACGUCAAUGCAUGGACAGGCACAGAGAAGAGGAGACUUCAAUGCAUGGACAGGCAAAGAGAAGAGGAGACUUCAAUGCAUGGACAGGCAAAGAGAAGAGGAUAAUACAUUGCAUGGACAGGCAAAGAGGAGAGGAGAUGUCAAUGCUUGGACAGGCAAAGAGAAAAGGAGACGUCAAUGCAUGGACAGGCAAAGAGGAGAGGAAACUUCAAUGCAUGGACAGGCACAGAGAAGAGGAGACUUCAAUACAUGGACAGGCAAAGAGGAGAGGAAACUUCAUUACAUGGACAUGCAAAGAGAAGAGGAGACGUCAAUGCAUGGACAGAAAAAAGAGAAGAGGAGACUUCAAUGCACGGACAGGAACAGAGAAGUGGAGACUUAA